AUUGAUCCGAGACUAACGCCGUCAAGGACAAACCCGCAAAUCGAUCCUCCAACGACCGUCAAAACGUAAAUUUCAAAUCGUAAAUAGACGUUGCGCCCGCAACGGCUACCUGCGACCCCCACUUUUGCUCUUUCUCUCACUUGUUGCCUUUCGCUGUCUCUCCAAUUUCUUUUUCACUCAAAUUCGGGAACAGUUGUUUCUUCUGCAUGGCUGAUUGCUAAUUUCAGAAGCCAGGUGUUAUUACAAUAUAUCUCUUGUGAAGUGAAGGAAUGGAAAAGGUCUUGGAAGAGCUAGAUGAAGCUAAGGCUGAGAUUGAAAACCUGAAGGUGGAACUUAAAAUAAAAGUGGAACUGUCUGAGAGCCUGAAGAGAGCCCACAAUGAACAACUUACUAAAAUUCAAGAAGCAAAGGCAAAAACUGAGAAGCAAGCUCAAGAACUGAACGAGAAGGAAGAUGAAAUAUCUAUCACAAAGAAAAAUUACAAUGAACUAAAGUCCAGAAUGAAGGAGAAAGAGGCCACCAUUAAGUAUCUUAGUUCUGCAAUUGAUAAACUUCACAUGAAUUGUGAUGAGAACCGCAGAAAAUGGGAAGAAGAAACCCGGGAGCUGGCAAUGGCUUUAGAUGAUGCUAAUUCGAGAAACAUGGAUCAAGAGCAACAACUUCAUGCCUAUAAGGAAGAGGUUAAAGACCUUAAAUCUCUCUUAUCUGCUUCAGAGAAAAAGUGUGUUGAAGCAGGUAAAAAGGCCAAAGUGACCAAAGAGCUGAGGCAAAGAGAUGAUUUGUUACUCAAGUUAGAGGAGAGUAACGGGAAGGUUGAAAAUCAGCUCAAAUGGAAGAAGGAACAAUUUGAGCAUCUAGAAGAGGCCCAUGAAAAGCUUAAAGGUCAAUUUCAAGCAAGCAAGAAGGAAUGGGAGGUGGAGAAAUCCACAUUACUUGAUGAGAUUUCCACACUGGAAACAAAUUUAGACUCUCAGACCAGAAUAUUAGAAGACCUUCAAAGCCGGUUGCAAAUGUGUAACCAAGCUCUAGCUCAUGAAGAGAGCCGAAGAAAGUAUCUGGAAGUUCAGCUUUCUGAAACCAAGACAUGCUUUAACAAUGUUUUUGCUGAGUGUCAGGAAGCAAAGUCAAAAAUCGAAUGUCUGACUGAUCAAAGAGACAAAGAUAUUGCAAGUCUAAGGGACUUGUUAGGCACAAAGGAGAUGCUUCACAAAGAAAUGCAAUACCAACUUGAAAGACUUGAGCAAGAGAACAAGGAGCUCCACUUAUCCCUUAAAGAACUGCGGGAACCUCAUAUUCAGGAGGCAGGAACUUCUUCUUCACUGUUGAAGCUUCGGAAUAAGCUCAAAGCAUUGGAGAAUAUGCACAGAGACUGUUCCAAAUAUCUCAGAGCCAAAGAAGCUGAGUGGACCUCUCGGUUGGAGAAAAUGUCAGGGGAAUUGACCGACUGCAAGUCUGAGUUGGAGAGUAAAGAUACAGUAAUAAAGGAAUUCAAGAAGGAGUUGGAAACUUGCCGUUCUUUGAUCAUGCACUUAGGGUUGCAGAAUGAAGAGCAAUCCUUUAUGCUAUUGUUGUUGAAAUCGGGAAUUAAUGAAGCUCGGUUAAAGCUUGCUGAUGAGAUGGCGAAUAUGAACCUGGAAAACUCACAGAGAGAGGAGAAGGUUUCUCUUCUUAUAGAACAGUUAGACAUGAAGAGUACUGCACUUGCUAAAGCUCAAAGAAAUAUUGAAGAACAGAGUACUGAGAUGGGUUAUUUGUUGAGAAGGGUCGAGUCUUUGAGUCUUAUAGAACAACAACAGCUUCAAUUGCAGGAUGAGCUUGUGAGACAGAAGGAAAUGCUCAAGGAAACAGCCAAAAGCCAACUUUGCUUGAAGGAGCAAGCUUUGCAGAUGAUGGAGAGUGAUCUGAGAAAGGCUCAUGAUGCCUUAAACAGGGCAAACAAUGAAUUGGAUGAGAAGUUCUGUGAAGGAAAUGAACUUGAAUUUGAAUUGCAGAUAUGGAAAUCUAUUGCUGAACACUUGAAAGCCAACCUUGAAGAAAACCAGCAAACUCGUAGACAACUAGAAGUUUCUCUUCUUGCAGAGGUAGAGGUUGAGUUCACUCUCAAACAAGAGAAGGAAAGCCUUGCACAUGAUCUGGAAGAGAAAGAGAGAACACUAGAAGAUCUUCAAAGACAGCUCAUAUUAUUUGAUGGAAAACUUGAGAAAGAAAGCCUUCUGCCGAGCACAAAAGAAGAGGAAAGAAUAUCCAAUGGUCUCCAUAAAGAGAUCGAGAGUCUGGAGGAAGAUUCGGUGAGAAGAGAACUGGAAGGUGCAACUCUUGCACACAUCUUCGCAGAAAGAACCUAUGAACAUGAGAAAGACUAUUUCCAGAGACUUCUAGAUGAGAGAGGCAAAAAAAUAGAUGAUCUCCAUCAGCUUCUAAUGUCAAUGGAGGAGAGGUUUAAAAGUGUAACGUUAUCUCUUUCAUCACAACUAGCCGAGAAGCAAGCUGAACUUAAUCUGCUCCAAGAAACUUGGGAUGAGAUUGGAACAGCUCAGGCUCUGAAGGAGGUAGAAAUACAAGAGAAAACACUGGUGAUUGCUGAACUAGAAGAUGAAUUCACUAACUUCCAGAAGAAACUGCAAUCACAGCAGAAGAACUUGUCCAGUUUAAGAGAGGAAAGAGAGGCUAUGGCGGCUGACCUGAAAGCCAAACAGUUAGAAAUAAAGAAGCUAUCAUCAGACCUAAGAACAUCAGACACCAUUGUCGAAAAGCUAGAAACUGAAAAGAGAUCACUACUUGAGGAUGUGAAGAAGUUGUCAUCUCAAAGAGAGAGCGUGCUUGAUUUUGUCGGGAGCCUAUUGGACAGGUUAACCGAGCUCUCUCUCGAAGACAUUCAGCUCAUGGGAAUUUGGGAGAAGAUUAUGCAGAACUUUGAUGAUGAUAGUAUAGGGAUGGCCUUGAAAGGGAGUGACGACCCCUUUGAUCCUCUGAAAGAGAAUAUGGUAUUCCAUUACUCUCAUCCUAUUAAAAGAGGUGAAAGCACUGUUCACGAAAGACUGCCAUUCAGAGCUCUCAACAAUUAGAUACCACUGAGAAAAGUAACUAUUUACCAUAUAGCUUCCGUCUCCUUGUAUACUUUGAUGGCUCAUCACCAUGCUAUGUACUGAGCAUGUUUGAAAGCCUUUAGCUUAUAUGCCAUUGCUUUAUACUUUGAUUCUUUGUAACCAUUAUAUUUAAUCAUGUUGGUUUUACCUUGUUAACAUGCCUAUUCUGGAAUCAACAGCCAGAGUGCAGAGAUAA